UGACUGGAAGGACUGGAAAGUAAUGAGGUGAGAACCGGUGGGCCCUGGAAAUUGAUACCUUAUUUGCGCGCCUUCAGGGCAUUUUUUUAUCAUCUCCCCAAGUAGGGCUGUUAGAGAAUUCUUUAAAUUAAUUUAUUUUAGAAGAAAUGAGUUCCUUUUGGGUGAUUUUAUUGUGUUUUUUUGGGAUUGUCGUGGAGUUGUGUUUGUGUUUGGAACCUCUAACCACAAUAGGGCUCGCAGGAGCUACCCUGACAGCCCUUGGCUACAAUUACGACACAAUCAAAGUCAACACCUACUGCCGGUGGUAUGAAUGCUGUAUCCCGGAUCAUGUUCCAGCGGAUAUCAAUCAUUUUAAGGCGGAACUGGAAAAGUCCCUCUUUGGGCAGCAUAUAGCCCUGAAGGUUGUGACGGAUGCUCUCUUCUAUCACUACAGCAACCUCCAGAAGUCCUCGAAGCCGUUGGUGAUGAGUUUCCAGGGAACUCCGGGCAUUGGGAAGACUUUUAUUACGAAUGUCAUGAAGAGUUCCAUCUACAAGGAGGGUGUUGAUAGUAAAUUUGUCUACAAAUUCCACGGUAGGGCGAGUUUCCCGCGCGAAGAUAUGGUCAGCAAGUACAAGCAGGAAGUUAUAGAUACGGUAACAAGUGCCCUGGCUGCGUGUCCACUCAGCUUGUUUAUCUUUGACGAAGUGGACAAGAUGCCAAUGAAGAUACUCGAGGGUAUCACCAUGAUGCUCGAUCAUCAGCAUGCAAAAGGGAAAUUUGACUCAACAAAGGCUGUGUUUGUCUUCAUCUCCAAUGCUGGUGGCUUGGAGAUUUCUCAGCAAUUGGCCUCACUGAUGCGGAAGGGGCUCACGCGGGAGGACACGGAGCUGCAUCACUUUGAGAAGCUCACCGAAGUGAGUCUCUACAACUCCAAUGGGGCCCUCGGGAAGAGUGGAACCAUUGAGAAUGCUGUCAUUGAUCACUUCAUCCCAUUCCUGCCGCUGGAGCAGCGUCACAUCCAGAAAUGCAUUGAGAAUGAAUUCAAACGUGUCGGCAUCAGUGAGCCAACAAAGGAACAAAUCAACGAAGUCCUCAAGGAUGUGACGUAUGAGAAGGAACAAACAUUCUUCGCCGUCUACGGAUGCAAGAAGUUGGAGAAGAAGGUUGGCCUGGUGGCCUGGCAGGCACGUCGUGGGGAUUUGUAGAUGAAGAGAAAUUCAAAGAUUGCAAAGUUUUACCUCCUUUUUGCGUCCUCGUGAGACUAACAUCAUUUUUUUGUAAUUUAUAAUAUUUUUAUUAAAGUCCUGUACUUUAGUAGAA